GAGGGCGUCGCGAUGGGCGGGGCGGAGCGUCUUUGGUCAUCGUGGAACCUAGGAUUUCGGGCAGUUUUGCAGAACACUGAUGUCUAUGGAUUCUAACAUGGACUUCAUUUAAAGAAAUCCACCGACCAUUAUUGGACAAAAACAUGAAUCAAUUUGUAUUGUGGCAUUCAAAUCCUAGCACUUUGGGAAAGGUUUUGGAGCCCUCUCUUGCAUCAGAACUCUGUCCUCCUAAUCCUCUGAGCGUCAUCUCCGGAUCCUGGGCACACUCAUGGCACGAUGGCCGACCCUCAGGAGCACCUGAGCUGCUCCUCUUCCCCACACUUACCCUUGAGUGAAAACAGAACCUUCAAUGCAUUACAAGAUGAGCUCACACCUACGGGGAGCCACCCUUCACCCAAGCUCCUUAAGGAACCGCAGGAAAAGGGGGGGGGACACACAGAGCUCCCCGAGAGCAUGAACAGCCCCAUCACCACAACAGUGUUGACGAGCGUGAGCGAAGAUUCCAGGGACCAGUUUGAGAACAGCGUUCUUCAGCUAAGGGAACAAGAUGAAUCGGAAAUGGCCGUGUCUCAGGGGAACAGCAACACCGUGGACGGAGAGAGCACAAGUGGAACCGAAGACAUCAAGAUUCAGUUCAGCAGGUCGGGCAGCGGCAGUGGCGGGUUUCUGGAAGGGCUGUUUGGUUGCUUGAGGCCUGUAUGGAAUAUCAUUGGGAAGGCAUAUUCCACUGAUUACAAAUUGCAGCAGCAAGAUACUUGGGAAGUGCCAUUUGAGGAAAUCUCAGAGCUGCAGUGGCUGGGUAGUGGAGCCCAAGGAGCUGUCUUCUUGGGCAAGUUCCGAGCGGAGGAGGUGGCCAUCAAGAAAGUGAGAGAACAGAAUGAGACGGAUAUCAAGCAUUUGAGGAAGUUGAAGCACCCUAACAUCAUCGCUUUCAAGGGUGUUUGUACUCAGGCUCCGUGUUACUGCAUCAUCAUGGAAUACUGUGCCCACGGACAACUUUACGAGGUUUUGAGGGCUGGCAGGAAGAUCACACCCCGACUGCUAGUGGAUUGGUCUACAGGAAUUGCCAGCGGAAUGAAUUAUUUGCACCUCCAUAAAAUUAUUCAUCGUGAUCUCAAAUCACCUAAUGUUUUGGUGACUCACACAGAUGCAGUAAAAAUUUCAGAUUUUGGUACAUCUAAGGAACUCAGUGACAAAAGUACCAAGAUGUCCUUUGCUGGCACAGUCGCGUGGAUGGCACCAGAGGUGAUACGCAAUGAACCUGUCUCUGAAAAAGUUGAUAUAUGGUCUUUUGGAGUGGUGCUUUGGGAGCUGCUGACAGGAGAGAUCCCUUACAAAGAUGUGGACUCUUCCGCCAUCAUUUGGGGUGUUGGAAGCAAUAGCCUACACCUUCCAGUUCCUUCCACUUGCCCUGAUGGAUUCAAAAUCCUUAUGAAACAGACAUGGCAGAGUAAACCUCGCAACCGACCUUCUUUCCGGCAGACGCUCAUGCAUUUAGACAUUGCUUCUGCAGAUGUUCUUGCCACCCCACAAGAAACCUACUUCAAGUCUCAGGCUGAAUGGAGAGAAGAGGUGAAAAAACACUUUGAGAAGAUCAAAAGUGAGGGAACCUGUAUACACCGAUUAGAUGAAGAACUGAUUCGGAGGCGCAGAGAAGAGCUCAGGCAUGCUUUGGAUAUUCGUGAACACUAUGAGAGAAAACUUGAGCGGGCUAAUAAUUUAUACAUGGAAUUGAGUGCCAUCAUGCUGCAGCUGGAAAUGCGGGAGAAGGAGCUCAUUAAGCGUGAGCAAGCAGUGGAAAAGAAGUAUCCUGGAACAUACAAACGACACCCUGUCCGUCCAAUAAUCCACCCCAACGCCAUGGAGAAACUCAUGAAGAGGAAAGGUGCGCCUCAUAAAUCAGGGAUGCAGACCAAACGGCCAGAUCUAUUGAGAUCUGAAGGUAUCCCCAGUAUGGAGGUAGCUCCCGCCGCAUCCCCUUUGUCUGGAAGUCCCAAAAUGUCCACCUCAAGCAGCAAGAGCCGAUAUCGGAGCAAACCACGCCACCGCCGAGGGAACAGCAGAGGCAGCCAUAGUGACUUUGCAGCGAUCUUGAAAAAUCAGCCAGCACAAGAAAACUCACCGCAUCCCACUUACCUACACCAAGCUCAGUCCCAGUACCCUGCUUCCCAUCACCAUAAUCCUAUGCAGCAGCAAUACCAGCAAUGCCCUCCUGCCAUGGCUCAGAGUCACCAUCCCAGACUCAACAUGCACGGACAGGACAUUGCAACCUGCGCCAACAACCUGAGGUAUUUUGGCCCAGCAGCCGCCCUGCGGAGCCCACUCAGCAACCAUGCUCAAAGACAGAUGCCUGGCUCUAGCCCUGACCUCAUCUCCACAGCCAUGGCCGCAGAUUGCUGGAGAAGCGCUGAGCCUGACGAGGGCCCAGCUGGCCCCUGGGGCUGUUGUCAGGCUGACCCUUAUGACCCCUGCCUCCAGUGCAGGCCAGAACAGUGUGGUUCCUUAGACCUACCCUCUGCUGAGCCAGUGGGGAGGAGCCCCGACCUUUUCAAGUCACCAGCACACAAUCCCCUCUCGGAAAAUCCCCAGGGUUCUGAGAAAAUGGACGAAAACAAAUUCAAAGGCUGUAGGUCUGCAUCAUCCCUUGGCAUCCCUCAUCACGUCACCCCCCCAAUGCUACCUCGAAACACAAGGCCCUUGCAAAAGAGUGGAGAUGACUCCUCAGAAGAAGAAGAAGGGGAAGUAGAUAGUGAAGUUGAAUUUCCACGAAGACAGAGGCCCCAUCGCUGUAUCAGCAGCUGCCAGUCGUACUCAACCUUUAGCUCUGAGAAUUUCUCUGUGUCUGAUGGAGAGGAGGGAAAUACCAGCGACCACUCCAACAGUCCUGAUGAGUUAGCGGAUAAACUGGAAGACCGCCUGGCGGAGAAGCUAGAUGACCUGCUGUCCCAGACGCCAGAGAUCCCCAUUGAGAUAUCCUCGCAUUCAGAUGGGCUCUCUGACAAGGAGUGCGCUGUGCGCCGCGUGAAGACGCAAAUGUCUCUGGGCAAGCUGUGUGCGGAGGAACGUGGCUAUGAGAAUCCUAUGCAGUUUGAAGAAUCGGACUGUGACUCUUCAGAUGGAGAGUGUUCUGAUGCCACAGUCAGGACCAAUAAACACUACAACUCUGCUACUUGGUAAUGAAAGAAAACCCAUCCUGAAGAUCUCAUGACUAUACUGGCAUUUCAGAUCCAUCCCAGCCCCAGACUCUUCCCACUCUCUCCCUGCUGUUCCGCCUGGGAAGAGAGCUGUCCCAUCUUUCUUACCCCUAGAAAUGAGCUGCAAUAACAGGAACAUGAGACUUCGCAAAUCUCUUGGGAAAAAAAUAUCCAAAUGAAAUUAAGUCUCACUGAACAUUUCAAUCAAGAAUGGCAGGGAUCUAUUUUAUUGAAUAUUCUAGCUACUGUAACAUUGAUAAUUUAUUUUUGUUUGACAUUUUAACACUUUGUACUGUAAAGAGUGAACAUAUAUGAUAUAGAGAGAGACACAAUAAUUUCUUGCAAAGAGAGAGAGAGAAAGAGAGAGAGGAAGGAAGAAAGAAAGAAAGAAGUGGAAUUUAGGAGCAACAUCGUUGGGAAUUUGUGGGGCCAAGAGGUAUUAUUACUACUUGAACAGGGGACCAGUUCUUUUGGCCAUUGGAGAUGAAGAAGAGCCAGAGCAAGACAUACUGAUUAUUUUAGAAAACAAAGAACAACAAAAGAAAA